AUGGCUGCGCAAUUUCAGAAUUUGAAAAACUUCAUCCGCCAUGGAAAGCAGGCGCGAAAUAACCAAGAUAGCUCACCUCAAUCAGCGCCGGCUCCACAAAACCAUGCACAUUCAGACCCAAUCCACGCAAAGGCCGAACACCAAAAGAAGUAUCAACAGAAACAAGACUUCUCAGUAGCUCCUGAUGGCAACCGCAAUGUAGCCGCUCAGGCUGCCAAUGCUGCAGCCAACGCUACAGCAGCUCAUCAGAAGCUCCCGGUCGACGAUCCUGGUGUAGUGCCCUCUCAAAUCGGUGUGGGAGUAUCCGCUGGUGGUAUUGGUGGACAAGGAGGAAAGAAUUAUGAUGAGAAUGUACUUGCGCGAAUCGUCGCCGAGGAAAGGGAGACUCGAGAACGGUUACCAAAAUAUCCUGGCCUCGAACGAUGGAUGUUGCUGGAAAAAAUGGGUGAUGGGGCAUUCAGCAAUGUCUACCGCGCGAGAGAUAGUACUGGAGAGUACGAUCAAGUUGCCAUCAAAGUCGUCCGAAAAUAUGAACUCAAUGCGGCUCAGGGUAAUGAUCACCUUCAUCCGGAUUUCAAGAAAAUACCGAAAACAGUUGAGCGAGCAAACAUUCUGAAAGAGGUCCAAAUAAUGCGGGGCCUUAAUCAUGAAAACAUCGUCUCUUUGAUCUCAUUCUCAGAAUCUCGAAGUUAUUACUAUCUUAUAUUAGAGCUCUGUCCUGGAGGAGAGUUAUUUCACCAAAUAGUGCGCCUUACAUACUUCUCAGAGGAUCUUAGUAGACAUGUCAUUGUACAAGUUGCGGAGGCUUUAAGAUAUCUCCACGAGGAAAAGGGAGUAGUACACAGGGAUAUCAAACCAGAAAACCUCCUUUUUGAACCCAUUCCGUUCAUUCCAACAAAGAGCCCUAAAAGUCGAUCACCAGAAGAUGAAGAUAAAGAAGACGAAGGCGAGUUUAUUCCUGGAGUAGGCGGUGGCGGCAUCGGGCGGAUAAAGGUCGCCGACUUUGGGCUAUCCAAGGUCGUGUGGGAUACUCAAACGAUGACUCCCUGCGGUACGGUGGGAUAUACAGCACCAGAGAUCGUCAAAGAUGAACGUUACUCCAAGAGUGUUGAUAUGUGGGCUCUGGGGUGUGUUCUUUACACUUUGUUGUGUGGAUUCCCGCCCUUCUACGACGAAAGUAUAUCAGUCCUUACGGAAAAGGUUGCGAAGGGACAAUAUACUUUCCUCUCCCCAUGGUGGGAUGAUAUUUCGAAAUCAGCCCAGGACCUGGUUUCGCACCUUUUGACUGUCGAUCCUGUGAAGAGAUACACUAUCGUGGAGUUCAUGAAUCACCCGUGGAUUAAGAACACAAACGAGGCUACCGUGGCUGCAUUGGACGCACCUCCUUUAGCCACUCCUGCAAUUCACAAACAGAACAUGCAGUUUACACCGAUGGCUAUCGAGCCCGACUUCACCCCUGAUCCCAGCAUGCCCGGAGCCAACAAACGGAUGGAUUUUAGGUCUCCUGGUGUUGUCAGUUUGAGAGAGGUAUUCGACGUCGGGUACGCAGUUCAUCGUAUGGAGGAGGAAGGCAAACGUCGCAAGAACUGGAAGCAAGGAUACAGAGGUGCUCAGCCUUUGAACGAGGAAGACGAAUUCGACUCCGAAGAAGAAGACAUUCCAGAAUCUGUUAAGAUCCCCAAGGAUAAUGAGGCCGAUGAUGUUGCGGGGAUGGAGGCAACAUUGAAGAAGACCAAUUUGAACUCCGGAAGCACGUAUGCUGGGGCCAUUGCUGCUGCUCGGGGCGUCGGAGCGACAGCUCCAAUGUCCCCCACCACGCCGAAGACCAACACUGGCGGACAUGCUAGAUCUACGAAGAGGAAACCUGGCGGAUUUGAAUUGAGUCUAGAUAAUGCUACACUCUUGGGUAGAAGAAAGAAGGACGGAACAGUCCAGGCAUAA